UGAACAGGCCCGAAUGAGAGUGGUCAGUUUUAACUGUGGCGGGAAUGCUCAGAGCUUAAAAAGAGGCCAGGCUAACACAGUAGGAAGAGAGGUCAGUGUCAAGUUCAGAGUUACAAAUGUUAAACUAAGAGUGCAGAGCUGAGCAGUGAAACGUGCAUGCAAGGGCAGCAUGAAAAAGGAUUAGUUUUGUUGUUGCGGUCUCGUGUGUGUGCGUGUGGAGACGCGGAACAGAAGAACUGCAAUCAAACAUGGAACAAAAGCUUGAAAACAAUCUCGGCAGGAUAAAAGAAAUCGGAAAGAGUCAACACAGGAGCAGAUGCCAUUUGGAAACAAGGAGACAAACACCAGGCAAGCGCCAUGGCUUCACAUGUAACAACAGCUGGAGGGUUUGUUAUCGUUACUCACAAGUACCCCCUGAGCAGUGCUGGCCAGGCUGCACCAGGAACAGUGGCAAGCCAGCUGCCAGGGCCGAUGCAGACAUUUCUACGAGGACAGCCCAAAGCUUUGGGGGUUGUGCAAAUAAUAAUUGGGAUUGUGAGUCUGCUGUUUAGUGCUGUCCUGGUGAAUGCGUACACGUUUGCAGGAAUCAUUGGAUUACCUUUCUGGACUGGUGUAUGGUAUAUUAUCUCUGGAUCCCUGGCUGUUGCAGCUGAGAAUACCCACAGAAGAGAUCUGGUCAAGGCAUGUUUAGGAAUGAACGUUGUCAGUUCUAUUUUUGCUGGAGUUGGAUUUAUUCUCUAUUCAGUAAACCUGUCCAUAGUAACUUCAGGUUAUUAUUACUCCCAUAGUUACUCGACAAACCCAUAUGUAGGCAUUCUGGCAGUUCUUCUGGUGCUGAACAUUUUGGAGAUGUUCAUCGCUAUCUCUACAUCAGCCUUCGGAUGCAAAUCUGAAUGCAGUUACACUGCCGUGGUAAAUGUGUAUCAUAUUCUACAUAAACAUGCACCAUCAUCCUAUUCACACUACCUGAACAAUGUGUGAAUAAUCAUGCUGUUGUGUGUUUUCUUUAAGUGUAAUGUAACAAACUUAAUAAUAUGGCUCUGCUGUUCAUUUCUAUGUAAGAUAGCCUGAGGUUUGGCUAGGAUUAAGGGCAAUUGAAAUUAUUUAAACACUAUUGGGAAAAAAGUAGAAAGCAGGGAUUGUGUAUGAUUAUAGAUGAGAAUGAUAGAGAGAGAAACUCUUCUAAGUUCAGUAAUAUGCAUUUCAUUGUCUUUUUCAGCCAGAGGUUGCUUUUCAACAGCCAUGAAUCCAGUGACCUGGGUGCAGAUUUGCUCAAUCGAACUAUAAGAAGCAUGCAGUCAAGAAGACAACUGUCCCUCCGCCUCCUCUAGCAAAGCUUAGCCAGCGCUAAAGACUUCAUCUCUGCAAGGUGUUAUCAGAACAAGUUAAAGAACAAUGAAAUCCUCCCAUGUGUAAACUGUCAGGGAAUUUGUAUUGAUAUGAAAAUGAAAACGUGUUCAUUUGCUUUGGAUCAUUGUUUUGCUUAUAUUUUCAAUAACAUAAUUUGUAUUUAAAAGCUGAAAUGUUUCACAUGUUCAGUUAUGAUAUUGUUUUUAUAUUUUAAUACGUCACAGUAAUGAGAAAGAAGCAUGGUAUAUAGAGAAGUGAUACAUUGAGCUGUCUUUUGGUGUUGUAUGAUAUAUUGCUUUGCUUAAUAAAAAAUAAAAAAAUAAACUUCUUAGAAUUUCCAUCUUCCAUCCCAGGCAAACACUUUUAGUCUAGUUCUAUUUGUAUCU